AUGGUUCACAGUCAUCACAAGAUUAUUGCCCCUUGGCUGUUGUCACCCCCAGAAACCCACACAGAAAUCCCUCGUAUUUGGAAAAAAGCACCAACGCCAUGUCUGGCUGUCAAGAACUUUCUGUGGCCCACCUUGAGCAACAGUUUACAGACUCAACACACAUCUACACGGACGGACACGGACGGCUCCUCCGCUAACGGAAGAUCAUCGAGUGCUUUCACUGUAAAAGGCUUCACCAAGGAAUACCGCCUGUCGCACGCAACAGCUUCCACUGCUGCAGAUCUACACGCCAUACUAAAAGCCCUCCGCCACAUCGACAGCUCCCAAGCACAAAAGUGGGUACUAUGCUCAGACUCGAAAGCCGCUCUGGCCCCUAUCAUCAAGCAGGAUACGGACGAUCAAAUGGUGUACCACAUCUACAAAGCAUACACAUCUGCUGUGGGAAAGGGGCACACAAUCUCCCUCGAGUGGACACCUUCCCACUGCGGAAUACCAGGAAAUGAAGUAGUUGACCAGGCAGCCAAGGAUGCACUAGGUAAAACCAAGUUAUCGGCAAUACCUUUCACAAAAUCGGACGACAAGACAUUCCUCCACAAAUCGACAAUCAGACCGUCCAAGAAAAGCUGGAGGCAAGCACUCCGUCACACAGAUUUCCUGUCUCACAGAGACCCCGAUCUCACGGCAAUCAUUCCACAUGACAUCGGCCGAAGCCUCCACACGGCUAUUCACCGGAUUCGACUCGGCGUGCCACCCAAUUCCUAG